AUGGGGGAAGUCCACAGCAAGCUGAAACCAGAGGUGGUGGAGGAGCUCACCAGGAAGACCUACUUCACCGAGAAGGAGGUUCAGCAGUGGUACCGAGGCUUCAUCAAAGACUGUCCCAGUGGUCAGCUGGACGCUGCUGGCUUCCAGAAGAUCUACAAGCAGUUCUUCCCCUUCGGAGACCCGACCAAGUUCGCCUCCUUCGUCUUCAACGUGUUCGAUGAGAACAAGGAUGGACGUAUUGAGUUUUCUGAGUUCAUUCAGGCCCUGUCAGUCACCUCUCGUGGAACCCUGGAUGAGAAGCUGAGAUGGGCGUUUAAACUGUAUGAUCUGGACAACGACGGCUACAUCACUCGUGAUGAGAUGCUGAACAUCGUGGACGCCAUCUACCAGAUGGUGGGAAACACAGUGGAGCUGCCAGAGGAGGAGAAUACACCAGAGAAACGCGUCAACCGCAUCUUCACCCUGAUGGAUAAGAACGCAGAUGGGAAGCUAACGCUGCAAGAGUUUCAGGAAGGCUCAAGGGCAGACCCCUCCAUAGUGCAGGCGCUCUCUCUCUACGAUGGGCUGGUGUAGACUGCACAGUACUGGCCCAGGAUAGGUGAGGGGUCAGACAUCUCUGACGCUGUGGAAAGUGGUUUGGAGUUUAGUUGGAGCCACCUGUGUGAGAGGACUCAUGGGAAGAGCAGAGGAUUGUGGGAAAUGAACCGGCUGGCCUCCUCUCCUUUCUCACGGCAAACUUUGGCCCUACUUUAAUUUCACCGGAGGACAAAUGGACAAGACGAUUGGGGAUAUUCUGGGGAUUGUGAAGAGUAUGGAGUCCAUAUGUGUGUGUGUGCAUGCCCUUGUAUAUCCGCUGCAAAUUUUGUACGUUUAUGGGAUACAUUUGGAACAAGAGGUAAAGAAUGGGAAACGUGUGUGUGUGUGUGUGUUAGUGUACAUCAGGCCAGGACUGAGGAACUCUGGUGUGUGUGGAUUCUUGUUUGCUGAAGAACACUUGAAGAGGAGCAGUGGACUGGACUGGACUGGACUGGACUGGACUCACUGGACUGGACUG